UUUUGUAUUCCAACGAACUUCAUCGUCUCGAAAGCCUCCAGUAAGAGUAUACGAGACGAACAUAAAACAAGAAUUAAACGACUUGCAAUAUCGACAAAAAAUUACAAAAUGCUUAAGCUUUGCAUCGUCUGUAAUUCAAAGGUCCCCUGUUCUAACAAGAUCUGCUCAUGUGGUCAUGUUUUCUCGCCCCAGUCCAGACGCAUUUGUGGUAAGCGGUUUUCAGAGUAUCGAGUUGGCAUGAGACGUCAGUCACGUGGACUCAGUGAAAGACAACUGAAUGCUGUCAAGUUGGAGCCCAGCCCAAAGAAAAAGAACCUUUUGUUCCGCACCAGUCCUCUAACCAGUCGGCAGAGAACGCAAACGAAAGCUCAAACUAACUUUAAAAAGAAGAAAUCGAAAAGAAAUGCUAAAAGUGUUCAAAUCAUCAAAGAAAACUGUGCAGCCGCCAUGAAACUGAAAUCUGAACGCGAAAGAACAUCUCCGAAGCCUUCGCCACAAAAGACGUUACGAUUUUCUCUCGCUUUGGCUGAAAUUAACCGAAGACUGUGCGGUCAAACCUUGUUUUGGAGAAUGCUACCACAAUGAUCUGAACUAAAAACUUACCCUCCCUCCCCUCCCUCACUCUCUUGUUUGGUGCUAGAUAUCCCUUGUACGUAGAAGGCAUAAAAGAUAAAAAACGAAUUUCAGACUUUAUCAUUUGAGUGAGAAUUAUAAGAAAUACACAUGCAAAAAUGCAAAUACCACCAGUUGAAAUCAGGAUCAACAUUACUUAUUAAAUAUUACUAUUAAUAGUAAGGAAAUAAGUUAUUUAGGUAUAACACUAUAUUAUACCAUUGCAUUAUUAGUUCUUCAACUUGAUUCUGGUAUAAUGUAAAAGCCAGUGAUUCAGCUUGUUAAUAUUUUUGGCUGGACCAAAAACUAUUAUUUAUAAUGAUCUGUGUAUUUCUAAGUCAAGUUUCAUCAAUACAUGCAAAGCCAUGCUUAAAAUUUUUUUUAUCCUUGAAUGCUGACCAAAUUCGUAGCAUUUUUGAAUUUCAAAAUUUGGAUUUUAUAACUUGUAUCCCAGAAAUCAGAUUACUAAUAUUUGGCAAAUAUUUCUUGCUAUAACACAACAUAUGAAUGCCUAACAAAUUGCUCAAUAGCUAGGUCAAGCUUUAAAGCCAGAUGUAAAUGAUAUCAUAUGGCUGUACAGAGAUCAGUACUGAUUUUAUCUUCAAGUGUUGAGGUGAUAUCUUAUGAGUGAGUGCAGUGAAUGAGUAAGAUAUUCUCAAUCUGUAUCUCCAAGCAGCCAUGUAUUAUAAUAUUCUGAUUAAUGGAUAAUUAUUGAUGAAAUACAAUUUUAGUAGAUUUUCACUACUUAAUGGUAUUCCUAAGAAAUUCUUACUAAUGGUGUUUUCUUCACAUGUGAAGAUAUGACUUUUUUGUCAAAUCCAACUAGCAGUCUAUCAUCAUUGGUGCAUUCUGAUUGGAUGAGCUACUACUAGGCUAUAAGUUAUAGUGUACUAAUAGCGAAAAGUUCCAUAUUUGAAAACCAAAACAUUAAAUUUAACUUCAAUUGGGAACAUAUUUGCAUCUACAUAUUUGACUGACUAGUUGGAUUUGACUAAAACAAUUAUUCCUCUCGCUCUCAUGGCCUAUGAGUCAAUAUAGCCCAUUUGGCCUUCUGUCUCAUGCCCUAUAUACUCAUAGUCCAUUCUGCAGGCUCAAAGACUAAUUGCUAAUUAGUAUUUUACACAUGUGAAUAUAAUAAAUCUGGCGCACUCAUUGUUUACAAUUUACCUCUUAUACUGCUAUUAGUGUGCACGGGGACUCUCGUUUGUCGAUUUGUGCCGCAUGCAGAUAUGAAUAUAAUUGAGGAAAAAGCAAAACAAAACUCUCUCUUUUAUUUAUCAAAUUCACUUGUGUUAAAAAUACUAAAACAAUUAGCAAUAGACAAAAAUAAAUAUUUCAUCAAUGAUUAUAUAUUUAAUAAUGUUAUAAAUCCUGAUGAUUUUUAGUGAACCAAUGACCAGCUGAGACACCUUUGUGUACAUAGUAUAUUCUAACUAAAAUGUAUAAAGUUUUAUGUAGAAAUUAGGUGAAUCAAAUAUUUAAUGAGAAACAAUUAGUGUAGAAUAAAUAGAAGCAUUUUAUAUUAAAAAAAUACAAACAAAAUAUGUCUGAACCUUAUAAUCUUGUUUUGAAUUCUAAAGAAUGUUUAGAGACAGUAUUAAUAAGUGUGUUAAAACCAAUUCAAGCUUACUACAACUGAACAAAUAAAAUAAAAUAAUACUGAAAACUUA